CAAGGCUAAAUCCCUGACACGGAUGAAAAUUAAGUUAGAGAAAAGUGAAGGUCCUUCAAGGAGUUGGUGGUAACCUCACUGGAGAGAGACUGCAAAGUUAGUGUGACAGCGGGAACAUGACGCGGCCACUCCUGGUGUUUAUGGUGUGUCUGCCAUGGUUGAAAGAUUGUCGCUGUGCACCUACUUGGAAGGACAAAGCUGCUGUCCCUGGAAGCCCGAAGGGUUUUUCUGAGCCUGGCGAUACAGAUGCUGGUGAAGAGGUAAAGAAGGCUUUGAUUGGUAUGAAGCAGAUGAAAAUCAUGAUGGAAAGGAGAGAGGAGGAACAUACUAAUCUAGUGACAACCCUGAAGAAAUGCAGAGUGGAAAAACAGGAGGCCCUGAAACUUAUGAACGAAGUUCAAGAGCAUCUGGAAGAGGGAGAAAGGCUGUGCCAGGAGUCUUUGGCAGAUUCCUGGGACGAAUGCAAGUCUUGCUUGCAAAGUGACUGUGUGAGAUUUUAUACGACCCACCAACCUAGUUGGUCCUCUCUGGGAAAUGUGAUGGGACAGUUUUUUAGGAAGAUAUAUCAAUCCCUGUUUCCUCUCCAUGAAGAGAAGGAAAAAGAGCUCCCUGUCGCUGGAAAGGUCCUGGAGGAAGAGGCACAAGUGACCCAAAUAGAGCACAUGUUCAGCCAACUGACCGUGGACGUGAGAUGUCUCUUUAACAGGAGUUUUAACGUCUUCAAACAGAUGGAGCGAGAAUUUGACCAGGCUUUUCGGUCCUAUUUCAUGUCAGAUACAGAUGUUAUCGAGCCUUACGUUUCCCCAGCUUUAUUCAAAGAGCCAACCAAAAAAGCUGAUCUCGUGCAGAGCUGGGACGGUCCCGGCCUCUUCCAGCUGUUUUGUGAUUUCAGUCUCUCCAUUUGCCGAAGUCUCAGUACCAUGGUCGCUGAGACACUGAACGCCAUGGAGGACUGGGCAAAACACCAAGGCAAUGACGCUGACCCUGGAGGCUUGAGUUCAAAGACAGUGCCUGUGCGGGACAGAGGAUUGUGUGGAGAACUUGGCCAGAAUUCAUCAGAAUGUUUCCACUGUCAUGCAAGAUGCCAAAAAUGUCAGGAUUAUCUAUGGGAAGACUGUCCUGAUGUACCCGAACUACACACAAAAGUAGAUGAGGCCCUUAAGUUGGUCAACAUAUCCGAUCAGCAGUACGUGCAGAUUCUCCAGGUAACACAACAUCAUCUGGAGGACACUGCGUAUCUGAUGGAGAAGAUGAGAGAGGAAUUUGGCUGGGUGACUGAACUGGCAAACCAGGCUCUAGGAACUGAGAACACCUUCAGUUCCAGAAAGGUAGUUCCAGGUGUUCACCGAGGAGACGUUUCCAAACAAGGAACGAUGAUAGACUUAAGCAUUCUGCCUUCCCCCAAUGUCACGCUCAAGAUCCCUCUUGAAAAAAGUUCUGAGAGUUCUAACUUUGUUAGCUACGUGCUGGAAAAAGCUGUACAGCAUCUUAAGGAACGUUUUAAAACUUGGUAAGCAGAGUGUCUGAUUAGGAAUGCUUUGUUAACAGACAUAGAUGAUUCAUAAAAGGAAAAAAACAAAACUAGUUUUAAAAUAACUGGAAAAUAUGCUCAACCUCAUCAAUAAAAAAGACAAAAUAGCAUUUUUUUGCCUAUCAAAUUUGCAGAUUAGAAAAAAAAUAUACAAAGUUCCGAUAGGAAUGUGAUGAAAUGGGAAUUCUUAUAUGUUAUUGGUGGGAAUAUAAAUUGUUUCUGCCUUUUUAAAAAGCUGCAUGACUAUGCAUGUCAAAAACCAUAAGGUUUCUUUUUGAUACAAUAAUUCCACUUCUGGAAUCAAUCCUAAGGAAUAAUCUAAAUUUGAUUGAAAGUCCUACCCCUCCCCCCUACAGUCCUGGCUAGGUGGCUCAGUUGGUUGAAGCAUUGUCCUGUACACCAGAAGAUUGCCAGUUCAAUUCCUGGUCCAGACACAUGGCUAGGUCGCAGGUUCUGUCCCCAGUAGGUGUGGGAGGCAACUGAUUGAUGUUUCUCUCUCACACAUCAAUGUUUUUCUCUCUUCCCCCCACCC